AACACAAAAGCACUUUUAGAGACAAUACUAAUAUAUAUCAACCACUAUACUCUGCAACAUCUCCUCCCAUUUCCAUAGUUCCAUUCUUAGCUUCUUCAUUCUCAGCUCUCAACCACCAACAAUGAAGCUCCUCAACUCUUUCUCCGCCGCUCUUCUCCUCCUCCUCGCCCUUCUCCCUUCUCCGGCAUCCUCCCAAGUCUGCCCCAAAACCUGCGGCAGCAUGACCGUGAAAUACCCCUUCGGCACCGCCCCCGGCUGCGGCGACCCGCGGUUCCAGCCCUAUGUCACCUGCAAUAACAACCAGCUCACUUUCGCCACCCACACCGGCUGCUACCCCGUCACCGCCAUAGACUACGACCACCACUCCAUUUUCAUCUCCGAUCCCACCCUCUCCACCUGCUCUUGCACGCAGCCCAGCCGCGGCUUCAGUCUCGACUGGAACGCGCCCUUCACCUUCCACGACGACACCGUCUUCGCCCUGCUCGGCUGCUCCGCCGUCCCCUCCUCCCCCAUCUAUAAGUCCGCCGGCGGCGCCAACUCCUCUUUCCCCAUGUGCGAUUCCCAGGGAGCGCCGGUGUGCAGCAUUCUCUACGCGUGCCAGGCGAUGAGCCGCCUGAAUCUGCCGAUCUCGAGCUGCUGCGUGUACACGCCGGUGGAUCUGGGGCCGGCGUUCGAGAUGGACCUGCAGAAGCUGCAGUGCUCGUCGUACUCCGCCAUGUACGGCUUCAACGGCGGCGGCGGCGGAGAGGAGGGAAACCCGGCGGCGUGGAAGUAUGGGAUAGCGCUCAAGUAUAAGUUCAACUUCAACAAUGACUUCCCGGAGCUGUGCGCGAGCUGCGAGAGGAGCAAUGGCGUCUGCGGCUACUCUGGGCCGUAUAAAUCAUUUUCUUGUAACUGUCCUUCUGGGUUUAACACCACCACGGAUUGCUUCCUGGGUUCUUGGAGUGGAAGCUUCAGAGUUCUCCCAUGGCGGAACUCAGGGUUUUUGCUGGUUGAGAUCUUGGGAUUGUUCAUUCUAUUUGCCUUGAUGUAGGCUGCUGAAAGUGCUGUGACCAACAAGAAGUUUCAACCUGCAGAUUUCAGUGUUCUGACAUUAUUAUCAGCUUGAUGGGAAUCUUUAAUUAGUUUAAAUGGUUCAAAUUGUGAAUACAAUGAGGCACAAUCAUGGGGAAAAAAAAAAAUGGGAAUGAAAAUUGUUGGGUUUUGAUUAUUAAUUGUUGAAUUGCCUCCUAUAUCUUAUUCUAAGUGCAAAGAAUAUGAUGUUGUCAAAUGCAUCAUUGCCAUAUAAUUCCAGAACCCAUGAAUUUUUUU